CGACCCGAAUCUCCUGCUUGUCUAUCUGGUAGCGCAUACCAAUGGAUCAGCUCAUCGGACAGAACACAACCUAGAACAUAUAUUUCACACCCAAUAUUGCCCCAGAUGCCGAGUCGCCUUAUAUUACGGCGUCCGUCCCCGACGACCGUAUCGUUCACAGUCUCCAAUGCCUCCAGGCGCACGAGUACGCCAGCGAAGGUCUUCUUCUAUUUACAAAUAUUACUGCGCGCGCUCACAUUCGUCUGCAUGCUCCUACUUGAUAUCGCAAAAUUUCGCCACACACCUUUCAUGCAGGACGGGUCGUGGAUACGUUGGACGACUAUUUGGUCCAGUCCGUUAGGAUUAUCCGUCUGUCGCAUUGCGGAUGCGUACAGCUCCGCAGUUGUGGUGCUAGCCAGCGCGGUGGUUUUCUAUGGUGUUUUUAGGAAGGGAUAUACCGAAGAGUCGCUCCUUGUUAUACGCGGUCUCGGUAUUCAGACGUCUACCUCCUCCCAGACCUAUUUGUCCAAGGCCUCGACGAGGUUCAUACCUACUACGCAAAUUCAGGAUAUUGUGAUUCAUGAAGCUUUCAAGGGGUUUGAGGUCCGAUUCUAUCUUGCGGUCAUUGUGGAAGGUGAAAGCGAGGUGGUUGUGGUUUUCCCCAAACUCCUACCGAAUCGGCAGAUACUGGAGGAAGUCUGGAGAGGUUCGCGGCGCUGUUUAUACGACUCGAAAUCAUAAUGGAGCUCGAUGCACGACUGAAAACGGACCAAAAAGAUUUGUAUAUUG